AUGUUCCUGGUAAAGCCAUACUAUCGACAUAAAAUAGCUAGCAAUUUGUACUCUAGAUCGAUUUUACUGAAAAGUUUGCCAAAAAAUUGCUCAAAUGGUAACUUUAAUAUAAUAUGCAAAAAGCUGUUGACCACCAAAACGAAUAGAAAAACGAAAUCUAAAUAUGCAUUUUUCAAAUUUGGUAUUGCCCUAGGGUUGGGUGGAUCUAUUCUUUAUGCAGCAAAUGAUUCGUUUCGUAAUUCUACUAGGCAUGUCGCAUUAACGGCUGAUAGAGUGGGUGUUGUUGCAUUAGCUACAAUUCGCUGCUUUAAGCUUUAUAAGGAUACACUAGAAGCAGAAUAUGAUUCUCCAACCGAUAGAAGUAAGGCAUUAUCAGAAACACAUCUCAAAGCAGCACAUAUUACUUUAAAAGCGCUUGAAAAAAACGGCGGAAUUUAUAUCAAGUUGGGUCAACAUAUUACUGCUUUGACUUAUUUGCUACCUCGUGAAUGGACUGAUACUAUGAUACCUUUACAAGACAGAUGUCCACGGUCUUCAUUGGAAGAGAUUGAAAAUAUGUUUCAAUCAGAUUUGGGUGUUUCGAUGAAUGAAUUAUUUAGUGAAUUUAAUCCAGAUCCUGUUGGAGUUGCUUCGUUAGCACAGGUACAUAUUGCAACAUUAAGGAAUGGCGGAGAAAGGGUUGCAGUUAAAGUUCAACAUCCGGCCCUUGAGGAAUUCGUUCCGUUGGAUGUGUAUAUGACUCAGAGAGUAUUCAGAUUGAUGCGCAAAGUUUUUCCAGAGUAUCCGUUAACCUGGUUAGGAGAUGAAUUACAGAGUUCAAUUUAUGUAGAAUUGAACUUUGUAAAUGAGGCGGAAAACAGUGAAAGAACUGCGAAAUACUUUAAGGAUUUUCAAAAAGAGACAGCUUUACGAAUUCCGAAGAUAGUAUCUGCUAACCCAAGAAUACUAAUAAUGGAAUAUGUAGAGGGUGCAAGAUUGGAUGAUUUGGAGUAUAUGAAAAAGAACAAGAUAAACACGUCUGAUGUUUCCUCUUGUUUGUCACAUAUUUUCAAUAAUAUGAUCUUUACCCCAGAUGUGGGUUUGCAUUGCGAUCCACAUGGUGGCAAUCUUGCUAUUAGAUCUUCAAAAUCUCGUAAUGGUCACAAUUUUGAGAUCAUUUUAUAUGAUCAUGGGUUGUACAGACAAAUUCCUUUGAAAAUGAAACGUGAUUAUUCACAUUUCUGGUUAUCACUUUUAGAUAAUGAUAUCCCAAAGAUGAGAGAAUAUGCAGAGAAGAUUACAGGUAUUCAAGGAGAACAAAAGUUUCGGAUAUUCGCAUCAGCAAUAACGGGACGGGAUCCAGAAAAUGCUCUUCAUUAUGAUAUUUCUAAAGCAAGAUCUGAUGAGGAAAUCACAAAUAUGCAAUCUCAAUUGCAAGAUGAUAAUGGAGUAUUAGAAGACCUAAUGGACAUGUUGAGUAGAAUGCCCAGAGUUAUUUUGUUGAUUUUAAAAACGAAUGAUUUAACUAGACAUCUAGAUGAAGGUUUAGACAAUCCAUUGGGCCAAGAACGUACAUUCUUGAUUUUGGCGAAUUAUUGCGCUAAAUGUGUUUUCGAAGAAAAAAAAGAGAACAUCAAUAAAAACUACAAGAAAUUUUCAUUUGGAUGGGCUAUUCAAAGUAUAAAAUCUUGGUGGUUUUACCAGAGAAGACUUAGUUCAUUAUACGUUUAUGAUUGGGUAAUGUCGAUCAAUAACCUUAAACAAAAAAUAGGUCUUUAA